AUAAAUAAAUAAAAAAUGGAAAAUCAUCUCAGGUUUCUUGUUGUUUCUUCUUGAAGCUUCACUUCAAUUUUCUCAACACCAAGUAGUAGUAGGUGCUUUGUUCACUUUUCUAAAAUCUUCCAUUUCCGCUCUCAUCUCAACUGUUUUUCCGAUCCUUUUCUUCUUCUUCUUCAUCAACCACCGCAACUUCUACUUUCGUUUCCGAGGAUCGCGUUCUAGAAUUUCUUCCUCCUAUAGUUCCAAUUGGUGUUUCUAGGUCAUUUUUUUGAAUGGCGAAUUCGUGAAAGGGAACUACGAAUGAUCGUUGACAAAACAAUGAAGAAGGUGAGAAGAAAGAUCGGGAAGUAUGAAGUUGGUAGAACUAUUGGUGAAGGUACAUUCGCGAAGGUGAAGUUCGCAAAACACAGUGAUACAGGGGAAAGUGUGGCUAUUAAAGUCAUGGCUAAGAGUACCAUUCUCAAGCACAGAAUGGUUGAACAGAUUAAAAGAGAGAUAUCCAUUAUGAAGAUUGUCAGGCACCCUAAUAUAGUCAGAUUGCACGAGGUUUUGGCCAGUGAGACCAAGAUCUACAUAAUUCUGGAGUUUGUGAUGGGAGGGGAAUUAUAUGAUCAAAUUGUUCAGCAGGUAAAGCUUUCUGAAAAUGAAUCUAAGCGCUACUUUCAACAACUUAUAGAUGCUGUUGCUCACUGUCAUAAAAAGGGCGUGUACCAUAGAGACUUGAAGCCUGAAAACCUUCUUCUUGAUGCUUUCGGAAAUUUGAAGGUUUCUGACUUUGGAUUGAGUGCAUUGACUAAGCAGGGCGAUGAUCUUCUUCACACCACAUGUGGGACCCCAAAUUAUGUUGCCCCUGAGGUGCUCAGCAAUCAAGGUUAUGAUGGUGCCGCAGCUGAUGUAUGGUCAUGUGGAGUCAUUCUAUAUGUUCUAAUGGCUGGAUAUCUUCCAUUUGAGGAGGCAGACCUUCCGACCUUGUUCAGAAGGAUCAGUGCUGCAGAAUUUGUUUGCCCACUCUGGUUUCCUGCUGGUGCAAAGGCACUGAUACAUAAAAUUUUGGAUCCUAAUCCUAAAACACGUAUGAAAAUAAAAGAAAUAAAGCAAGAUCCAUGGUUCCGGAAAAACUAUUAUCCUGUCAAACUCAGAGAAGACGAGAAAGUGAACUUGGACGACGUUCAGGCUGUUUUUGAUGAUAUUGAGGACCGGUAUGUUUCUGAACGGUCACAAAUUAACGAGGGAGGUCCUUUGAUAAUGAAUGCAUUUGAGAUGAUAACCUUAUCACAAGGGUUGAAUCUUUCACCACUAUUUGACAGGCAUCAGGAUUAUGUAAAACGGCAGACUCGUUUUGUUUCACGUAAACCAGCAAAAGUUAUAAUUUCAUCUAUUGAAGCUGUUGCAGAGUCAAUGGGUGUUAAGGUCCACUCUCGCAAUUACAAGAUGAGGAUUGAAAGAGUUUCUUCAAAUAAGGUUGGGCAAUUUGCAGUGGUCUUGGAGGUGUUUGAAGUCGCACCCUCCCUUUUCAUGGUAGAUGUUCGAAAGGCAGCUGGGGAUACUCUUGAGUAUCACAAGUUCUACAAGAACCUAUGUGCGAAGCUAGAAAGCAUUAUUUGGAGACCGGGCGAGACUAGCCUAGAUUCUGGUUUGCUUCGACAAAUGACAUUCUGAUCCAGUUAUAAAACAACACCAUUGGAAGCUGCUGGCGCUUCCCAGGAAAAUUGGAACGGAAAUGGAUAUCGCUGUCAAAUUAGAGCAUGUCUUGAUUUCUUAGGUUAAAUAUGUAUUGCAAUGCAUGAUGCAACGAACCAAUUUGUUAACUAAAUAAAUUGAGUGUUUGGUUCGGGCGGAAAUUGUAUAAUAUAUAAAUAGAAACAAUAAAUUGUACCAAAUUGAGUGUUUGGUUAGGGCAGAAAUUGUAUAAAUAUAUUAGAAACAAUAAAUUGUACUGUACCAAAUUGGUGUUAGGAGAGUUAAUGAAAUAAUAUAAGUGCCGAGUUCUUUUCA